AUGUUUAAACAAUCAAUACGUCGAUUGGCAACAGAAGUCAAACAGAUAACACCAACUACAACAAGUCCAUUUAAUAUAUCACAACCAUCUUCAUAUACUUUAGCGCAAUUAAGAUCAUUUCCAACAUUAGAACCAAUAACUUUUUUACCAUUACCAUCAUCAAUUUUCACUCCAGCUCAUAAACAUACAAGAAAAGAUUUAUUAUGGAGUGCAGUAAUAUAUGAACAAGAUUCAAUGAGAGUGGGUUCUAAUUAUGCUGUUCAAAAAGCAGAGGCACCAUAUUCAAAAAGAAAAUUAAGACCACAAAAGGGUUCAGGAAGGGCAAGAUUAGGUGAUGCAAAUUCACCUCAUAUGGAUAAUGAAAUUAAAGCACAUGUUAUAAAAGGAUAUCAUGAUUGGAGUACAGAAUUGAAUCAAAAACAAUAUAAUAAAGCAUGCAAUGAAAGUUUAAGUUUAAAAUAUAAAGAAGGUGGAUUAAAUAUAAUAGAUGGAAAAUGUGAUUUUGAACAUGAUUUUGCAGAAAUUAGUCAAUCAUUUAUUGAUUCACAUAAAUUAAAAGAUUUAAAUUUAUUAUUUAUAGUUGAUGAAACAAGAUCUAAUUUGGAAAAUUCAAUGAAAUCAUGGUUUACAAGAGAUAAGAAUGUAGAAACUAUGUUUAGAAAAGAUAAAGCUAAAUAUUUAUCAAAAUUAAAAGGUAAAAUUAUAAAUAAAGAUGAAGUAAUGGUUAGAGAUAUACUCAGAGCUAAUCGUAUAUUUAUUGAAAAACAAGCAUUACAAUGGAUGAUAACAAAAUAUGGGGAUAUAUAA